AUGUUACAAAGAAUUAGAAAUGUUAUCUCUGUGGCGAACGAUUCCACUUCAGAUAUAGAUACAAAGAAACAAGCAUUGAAUUAUUUAAAUGAAGUGAAAGAUGAUCCAAAUGCACCUCAAUUAUUUUCUUCCUUAUUAAUAGACCCUUUAUCAGAUGAUAUUACUAAAUUUGUAUCUUUACAAGUUUUAUGCGAUAUUGUUAAUCAAGCAUCUUUAUUAAACAACAAAGAACAAAUUAUUUUCAUAAAGACUACUACAAUGAAUUUUAUACGAGAUCUUAUCACUAAAGAUUUAAAAGGUCAAGAAUAUUUUAGAAAUAAAAUUGCAGAAUUAGUCACUAGAUUAUUUUAUUCAACUUAUGGUGAAUGUAAUGGAAAUCAAUGGAAUACAUUUUUCAGUGAUAUGAUUUCUUUAUUAUCAAUAGAAUCCUUAGUUAAAUCUGUCUCUUCAGAAUUUUCACCAUUAGGUUUAGAUUUUUUCUCUAGAAUUUGUGGAUUUAUUAAUACAGAAAUUGCUGAUCAAACUUUUGUAAGAUCAAAAGAUAUUCAAAUUAAAAAUAAUAGUUUAAAGGAUUCAAUGAGAAUUCAAGAUGUCUCUAUAUUAGUUACUAUAUGGUUAAAUUCUUUAAAAAGUAUGAUUCCUCCAUCGAAUAAUAAUAGUACACAGACUCAAAUACCCCAAAUUAAUACUGAAAUCUCUAUAUUAAUAUUAUCAUGUAUUGGAUCGUAUAUUUCAUGGAUUGAUGUGAAUUUAAUCAUUAAUGAAGAAUAUAUAUCUGUCAUUUACAAUUUCUUAGAUUAUCAUGAAACUCAAAUUGCUUGUUGUCAAUGUCUUUGUGAAAUUAUCUCUAAGAAAAUGAAACCUGUUGAUAAAUUAACUUUAUUAAGUAUGUUAAGUCUUACUGAUAAGAUUACAAAGAUUGAACAGGAUGAUUUAGAAGUUUAUGAACAAAUCGCUAAAUUAGCAUCAUCUGUUGGAUUAGAACUCGCAAUUAUCUUAGAUCAAUGUAACGAUGUAUCACAACAGGAUCCAACUUAUAAUGAAACGCAACAAGUAGCAAAUGCAGCUGAUCAACAGAUUUUAUUACAAGUCUCACCUUUAGUACUAAAAUUUAUGGUUUAUGAAUAUGAUUCUGUAACUCAACAAUGUUUCCCAUUUAUUACUCAAUAUUUAGCAAUAUUGAAAAAAUCUUUUGCUCAAGGUGGUAAACCAGGUUCAGCAGUUGCAAUGGCCUCGAAAAAACAAGCUUUAACAAAUGGACAUUCUAAUUUCUUAUUUUCAUUACUUGAAGUUAUCUUUAAAAAAAUGAGAAUAGAUGAAACAAGUGAUGAAGAUUCUCAAGAUGAAAUAGAUGAAUUUAAUGAAACUAUUAGAUCAAAGAUAAAGACUUUCCAAGAUAGUAUUUGCGUGAUUAGUCCGACGGUUUAUUUACAAAAUAUUACAAAUCAAAUUGAAUCUUUACUUCUUUUAACUAAUUCAAAUAAAGAUUGGAGAGAUUUAGAAUUAAUGAUUUACCAAAUACAUAAUUUGGCAGAAAGUAUCCGUAAUAAUUUAUUUGGUGUUAACAAAAAUGAAAUUUCUACUUCUGAACCCGCACAAAUUAUGGUAAAAUUUAUGGAUGCUCUUUUACAAAAUCGAACUAUUUUCACUUUCGAUAAUUCAUAUGUACAAAUUUCCUUCUUUGAGUUAGUCGUUAGACAUAAUAAUUUUUUGAACAAUAAUAAAGACGAAUUUGCUCUCUUAAAUAUUUUUUGCAGUGAUUUUGGUAUGUUCAAUAAGAGAGAAAAGGUUAGGAUAAGAACUUGGUAUUUAUUUACUAGAUUAUUAAAAAUUACAAAACCUAAACUCUCCACAAAUAUCAUCAAUGAAAUAAUAAGUAAACUAAGUCAACUAUUAGUUAUCAAGGUAGGAAAUGUUAGCCCAGAUGGAACCGAGGAUGAUACUACUUUCAGCAAUCAAAUGUAUCUUUUCGAAGGUAUUGGUUUAUUAAUUGGAGCAAACUCAGAUCAGAAUUAUGAUAUCUUAGAUAACGUACUUACUCCCCUCUUUAAGGACUUGGAGACAUGUAUUUCAUCUCAAAUUCAAACUCCUGAAGUUAUACUUCAAUGUCAUCAUAUCCUAAUGGCUAUUGGGACGUUGGCAAGGGGUGUUCAAGGUGGAUUAGUUCCAGAAAACCAAGUUAAUAAUGUGUUAGUCAACAAGAAAUUAAUUACAAAAUCCUUGAUUGAAAAAUUCUCAAAUAUAGCAGAGGUUGUACUUGUUACAUUUUCUUUCUUUAACAAAUUUGAAAACAUUAGAGAUGCAUCAAGAUUCACCUUCUCGAGAUUGAUUCCAAUAUUGAACAGUGGUAUUGUUCCAUUUGCAAAUAAACUAAUUGCGCUAUUCCUCGAAUCUGAUCUUAAGGUGCUGGAAAUGAACGAUUUCCUUGGUUUCUUAGGGCAAAUGGUCCAUAUGUUCCAUAUUGAUGAAGGCUGUUAUCAAUUAUUUAACGAUUUAUUAACCCCUACCAUUGAAAAAAUACACUCUUUAUUCUCUCAGAUAGAACAAGAACAUAAUACAAAUCCUGGGGUUACAGAGAGCAAUCCUGGUAAGAAUAUUGUUAUUACCGACACAUUUAGAGAUAAAGUAUUGUUGAAAAAAGCAUAUUAUUCUUUCUUACAAUCAUUUAUCACUAACUCUGUGACAUCACUAUUAUUAUCAGAAAAAAAUUUCAACACUCUUUCAAUAAUUUUGACCGAUUUACUUACUUACACACCAGAAGAUGUUCAGGAAACAUCGGCAAUGAAGUUAGCCUUCAACGUCUUAGUUAAUUUUGUAAAAUAUUUCGGUUCAGGUAAAUGUACGGACCCUAACGACACGCAUGCAGCUAACACGAACAGAAUUGAGGGACUUAAUGAAUUUUUAAUAACGAAGGCUGUUCCACUAGUUUUUGAAAUUCCAUUUAGACCUGAAUAUAAAUUUAAUAUAAAAGAAGGUAGUUACAGAGUGAUGGCAUGUGAUCUAUCCCGUCUGUUAAAAGAACUGUACGUUCAAAGCAACUAUGAGGUAACUGACAUGAACUCAAAUCCUUGUUUGAAAUAUCUUUCCGAAAUCUAUUUACCUCAAAUUCAAUUCCCAAAUCAACUAAUAAUGGAGUUGAUAGAAGUACUUGUUACUUUAAACCAAAAAGCUUUUGAAAAAUAUUACGUGUCUCUAAUUGAAAAAUUGACAUUAUCUUAA